GCUCGCGUGGUCAAAAAAAAGAGAAAAAUCAUCCUUCUCACCAUUAGUGAGAGAACAGCUUACAGGACAUUUAACAUCUACUGAGCAAGAUUUUGAGAAAAUCUGAUUCCAAUGUUGCCUGUUGUGGUAGCCCACGGUGGCGCAGGUCAUAUUCCCAAGGACCGAGCUGAGUCUGCCUCUGCCGGGGUGCGGGAAGCAACAAGGAAGGGAUAUGCCAUUCUCAAGUCCGGAGGCAGUGCCGUGGAUGCUGUAAUAGAAGCUGUCACUAUUUUGGAAAAUAACCCAAGAUUUAAUGCAGGACGAGGCUCUGUGCUGAAUGUAAAGGGAGAGGUGGAGAUGGACGCUCUGGUGAUGGAUGGGCGUACUCUGGCUUGUGGUGCUGUUGCUGCAGUCAGGAGAGUGGCUAAUCCAAUUCAACUUGCCAGGCUGGUCAUGGACAAGACUAGUCAUGUGUGUUUGGCAGCUGAUGGGGCUUCCCAGUUUGCCAGUACCAUGGGAAUCCCUGAAGUGGCUGAGGAGUCUCUGAUCACAGACUAUGCCAUUAAGCGCUGGAAAGACAACCUGCCUCCAGAUGCUGACCCUGUGGAAGCCCAGAUGGGUAAGAUGGGCACAGUUGGGGCAGUAGCAGUGGAUGUACAAGGAAACCUUGCUUGUGCUACCUCUACGGGUGGCAUGAUAAACAAGAUGAAGGGUCGUGUGGGAGAUACGCCAUGUGUUGGCUGUGGAGCUUAUGCAGAUAACCAGAUUGGGGCUGUUGCACCUACUGGUCAUGGAGAAGCCAUCAUGAGAGUCGUUCUGUCCAGGCACAUUCUUUUCCACAUGGAGCAAGGCAAAAGCCCUGAGGAGGCAAGUGACCUGUCCUUGGACUACAUGCUGAAGCGAGUCAGUGGUCUGGGUGGAGUCGUGGUUGUGGACCCUAAAGGGACAUGGGCAGCUCGCUUCAGCAGCCAACAGAUGCCAUGGGCUGCGGCACAGCAGGAACAGCUUCACUACGGUGUGUUUCAUGGAGAGGACUUUAUCGAGCCUAUAUAGUUGCCUUAGACUGUGAUUUACACUUCAUAGAAUUGCCAUCUGCUGUCAUAGUAUAUGUCAAAAUUGUGAUGAAAUGUAUUGUGAAUGCAGGCAUAAAACCAUUUAGACAUUUUACAAAAGACACAGUAUGGCAAUGGGACACGGCAAAAUAUAUGAAUAGUAAAAUCAUAACUAUAUUCAGCACAAUCAAAGGUCCCAGCUUGACUUGAAUGCCAAUCGUAAUUGAAUGUACAAUUUGCAAAAACUAUUGCUUUUCGCUUAUAUUGUAAAUUAUUGUAUCAAUGUGUUUAAUAGUUGAAGAAAUCAACUUUGAAUCAAUAAUUGUAAUGACUUGGAAAUUUGCACUAAAAUCCACUAGAUGGGGAUAAAAGGCACACCACCCUUUUUAAUUCAUAUGUUCACUUUGUUUGCUUUGUAAACAGGCUUUAAAAAUGACCAGCUCUUGUGGACAGCUCUGAAAAUGACCUGUUUGACUUGUCUCAUAUAUCUCGUCUUAACAAGCUUACAGAAUACAAUCAAAUUUUAUUUGCAAAACUUAGACUUAAUAAUAUGUCUUAAUAAAUGUUUAAGUUAAAAAACUCUGCAGCACCAACA